CAUUACUGACGUCAUAACUUUCUUCACCAAGAAACGACCCGGACACGUGUGGUGGUUGUCAUCAAUUUGUAGCCAUGGCAGGCUCUUUUUCUCUCGAUCUUGAGGAUUUGUUGAAUCCUUUGCCUAAAUUUGCUGAUCCGGAGGAUGACCACGACGAGACGACCAAAGCCAAAGUGGUAGAAAGAUUCAAUGAGGACGAGGAUGAAGAUGCGGUCGGCCUCAGUGCCCUGCGGAAGCACAACACAUCCCUGCUCUCAGAAACGGACAUACGGUAUGUGGGGAAGACAGUCUCUCGUAAACAGCUGCUGAUAGAUAUUGAGGCAUCUGGUGAGGAGGAGGAGGAGGAGGAUGAUGAUGAGGGGGAGGAGGCGGACGACAGCGUAGAAGCGCUAGAAGAAGAAACUUUGGGGGAUGAGGGCGAUGAUGAUGAUGAAGAAGAAGAAGAACAUAAUUUAGAAGAUGAGGUGUUGGUGGGCAGUGAUGCUAAACUGACGUCCAAGCCAAAGGGUGGAGACAUGAUCCUUCCUCAGGGAGUGGACUUCCACAAACUAACAGAUGGUAUGGAUGACCUUGGUGUGAGUGAAGAAGAUGAUGAUGAUGAUGAUGGGGAGGAGGAGAGCGAAGACGACGACAACGAAGACAGCGUGGAUGAGGAAGGGGUCCGCACAUUUUCUCAAGUAAAAGUAGACGAGGAGGUUGAGAAAGGGAAGGCUGUGAAGCAACAGCUGGCCCUGUGGGACCAUCUGCUCGAGGGUCGAAUCAAAAUCCAGAAAGUGCUGGUGAAUGCCAACCAGCUUCCACAGACGCCGACCUUCCCCGAGUUCAAGAGGAGGGGUGGAGCUGAACUUGCGGGGGAGCUUAAGAACACCCACAAAGCUCUGAAAGCCCUUCAGAGAUCCCUGCUGGCGCUGCACGAUCAGCUGCUGUACCAGAAUGCAGACACACGAGCCAUCGCUCUGGGGGAGGCCGAAGCUCAGGAUGAGGAUGAGGAGAUAAACAGUGACGAGAUGGAGGACGAAGAGGUGCCCGCACGGGCCGGUGGGGCGCCCAAACGGAAGCUGGAGAUGGCCGAGUAUCCGGACUUCAUGGCCAAGCGCUUUGCCGCUUUCCAGCCUUACCGCGACGCCACGCUGCAAAAGUGGCACGACAAAACCAGACUGAUUAUGGGAAAAGGCAGCAAGGGUUUCGGGGCGUUCGACCGGAACAUAUUGACCCAGGUGGAGCAGGUGCUGAUGGACAAAGAGAGGCUGGUGCGGCGCACCCAGACCCGGCGCUCCGAAUACAGGGUCCUGGGGAAGAAGGAGGGCGCUACUCUCGCGCCGGAAACCGUGCCCGAAGGCGGAGAGGAGCUGGAGCGACACCUGAAGGCCAACACGCAUCUAAAUGAUCUGGACGAGAACAUAUUGGGCGACGAUUUCUACCACCAGCUGCUCAGAGAGCUGAUUGAGCGCAGGACGAGGGCGGACCCCAAUGACCAGGUCGCCAUGGGCAGGCAGUGGCUGGCCAUCCAGAAGCUGCGCAGCAAGAUCAAGAAGAAGGUCGACACCAAAGCCAGCAAGGGGCGCAAGGUCCGAUUCCACAUCCACAGCAAGCUGGUCAAUUUCAUGGCUCCUGUCGACCACAGCUCGGUGAGUGACGAGGCUCGCAGCGAGGUGUACCGUGGCCUCUUUGGUCAGAACGCCGCAGCCAGGGAGUGAUGUGUCCAAGUGAGGAGCACAUACCGAAGUGCCAGGAUGUAAAACGAAGCAGUGCCUUUUUUUCACAAACUUCAGCUGAUGCUGAGCAGCAAUUGUCCACGGGACAGAGACCCGGGCCUGCUCUGUGUGUGAAUGCAUGAUGAGUUCAGUAGAUUUGAAGAAAUAUAAGAAUGUAUCAAUGUUUCCUCUGUCACCAAGUUUCCUAUGAAUCAAGUAAAAUAUCUACAAUUUAUACCUCUUUUUUUCCUUUUUAUAAAUAGUGAACUGUCCUAAUGUAUAUUCUGUGCCACAAAUCCAUACAACAUAGAAACUGUAUACUUGUAAUUUACUGUUUUUCCAGUUGGCGUACAAUAAAUCAACACGCUUCACAGCUUUGUGCGUACAGAGAAUGAUACCGUAUUUGCAUCCUAAAACUGCAUUUUUCAGAUAAACAAAUUUCCAAAAAAGCAAAAUAAUUUUCUAAAAUUGUGAGAUGUUUCACAACACAUAAACAAAUAAAACACAUUCCAGUUGUCGGCAGCUCUUUUUUUCCAAUGCAUCGUUGUGGAAUAAUGUGACCAAAAAGGUGCCUGGUCAACAUAUUUGAAUGAAAUCUUUCCAUUUAAAAAAAAUUGCUUUUUAUUCUCAACAUAAAGUUCUAAAUGUUACUUUGCCACACAGAAAUAAAACUGGUGGUGAAACAAUGAGAUGUUUCUGUGCAUUUAUGUUGGCUAACGAGAAGUCAAAUUUAAAUAUUGAUUCAAUAAAGUUACUGCAUUGGCCUUUUC